UCAUAAGCGCGCGCACAACGCAAAUCUUCCGGCCGAAUCGUGAAGGAAGAUCGACUUUAACUACCUGGUGGCAAUAAUUUUCCACGGAAAGGAUUUCACUUACAGGCCAAGGAUGAGGCUCAUCGCGGCGAUUCUCGUCGUCGCUCUCUCGGGUGCAGCGAUGUGUGGCCAAGACUUCGGCGGACACGCGCUCUUUGUGAGAACCGCAGACGCGGAUCCCGCACACUCGAGAGUCCAACGGGCUGCUGCCUCGGUAUCGCCGGCAGACGUGAUGGCGCAAAAUAUCCUAGAGUGGAUUCAAGGGAUCUACCAGCAGGGCACACGUAAAAUUCGCCAGCAAUCGGAUUCGAAUGCAUACUUGCCACCCUACAGCACUCAACGACCGCCCGAAAAACCCCGACCUUUCCAGGCCGUGAGUUCUCAACAGAGUGACAUAUCAGGCUAUACCCCUCAGCGACCAUCAUCGCUGUACACCCCGCCAAAUAUUGGUUACUCGUCAUCCGGGCAACCUUCCACGCCAUUUUCUACUCCAAGACCGAGCCAACAACCUUCGUCAACGUACGUGCCGCAAGGCUUCAGAGGCUCCACGUCCUACAAUCCCCGACCGAGUCAGCCUUCGUACUCCAACGCGGGCUCGUCAGCCUUUCCGCCACUGAAUCCUCCGGAAUCGUCGUCCACUUACCUACCGCCGCAGCCGCCGCUUUUCCCAUCGACCAGUCCAAGACCUCCUUCUGAAUCCACGAUCGGAGUCUCAGGACCCUCAGGACCAACCCCGACAAGAGGUUAUCCUAGUUCUGGUUACCCCACUUCGAGCGGGGGAUAUUCAACUACACAGAGACCGUUCCCUCCCUUUACUACACCAACUGAAACUGGAACAGGUGCUGUUACUGGUGAAGUUGCCACAGGGGAAGGCCCUCGAACUACUGAAACUGGAGAGACUCAAACUGAUGAUCUCAGUCAUCCGCCGCAUAUUCACAGCCUCGAUGUCCAAUGCAGUAAGACAAUGAUGACGAUCAAUAUCGAAUUCAAUCGCGCUUACGACGGCAUUAUUUAUUCCAAGGGAUUUUUCAUGAAUCCGGAAUGUACCUACGUAAAACAGAAUUCCGGCACAACAACAUAUUCUUUUACGGUGAAUCUGGAAUCCUGCGGAACUCAGUUCAUCAACGAUUUCGAGGGUGAAGCUGGUCAAGCGUAUUUGGAAAACGUCCUCGUAUUACAAAAUGAACCGGGUAUACAAGAAGUCUGGGAUACAAUUCGAAGAGUACGAUGUCUCUGGGAAGGGAACAUCAAUAAGGCCCUAACGGUGAAUCUCUCAGUAGAUAUGUUGAAUCAGGAGAUCGUUACCUUUAGUGGCGAUACUGCGACAGCUAAACUGGAUAUUCAAAUCGGUAAAGGACCUUUCGCAUCUGCAGCCGAUGGUCUCGUAAAGAUCGGAGAAACAAUGACUUUAGUAGUUUCCGUAGAGGGCGAUCCUGGUUUCGAUCUUCAGGUGCGUGAUUGUUUGGCGCGAGACGAAGCCUCAACCAAUAUGCUGCAACUCACCGACGAAAGAGGCUGCAUUUUGAAACCGAAACUGUUCGGUGCCUUCCAAAAGACAAACGAUACCGGCAAUACAGGCGCUUCAAUUAUCGCUUAUGCGUUCUUCCAAGCCUUCAAAUUCCCUGAUGUUAUGGAUCUGUUCAUCGAAUGUAAUGUCGAACUAUGUAAAACUAAUUGCGAACCUUGUCCAGAAGCAAAUCAACAAAUCGAGCCGGGAAGACGUCGCCGCUCGAUAACAUAUGCACCACCGUCGACCAACUCGUCGAAUGCGGUUCUGUUAUCAGAUCCGGUUCGUGUUGGGCGACGUUUCAAAGUGAUUAUGUUAGACGACUUAAGUACAGCAUCCAGUCAGAUUCUGGAAAGUAUGGAGGAAACGGCUGUCGAGACGAUGACAAAAGCGAAAGAGGUUUGCAUGAGCAACAGCGGAUUUUACACUACCUUCUCUCUUAUGUUAAGCACACUCUUCGUCGCGACCAUAAGCGCGGCUGUGUUAUAUAUUAAGUUACAACGAAUUCGCAGACCGAAAUUUGUGGAUUCGUAGGACGGUAUUAUUUUUACAAUAUCUUUAUCGUAAUAAUACCAAGAAAGAAGUUGCGUAGAAAACAAUGAACGCGUGCCAGUAAUCAAAUAAUAAUUUAAAUGAUAAGAGACAUGUUACUUUAUCGCUUUAUAAUCAUUCAAUCGCGAAAAAAUUACUGAAGGUAAAUAUGUAUACCAAAACUUUUGAAACAACUGUUAUUAAUAAUAGGAAAAGAAAUUCUUCCAACUUAUUGCUUUUAAAUAUUUAUAACUAAAUUUUUAUGAAACGUUACUCUUAUCCACAAACAUAGAAAAUUUAUUCUGCUCGAUAGCAGAAUAAGAAAGUAGCCAUAUUUAUACAUCAAUCUAUAAACAUCUAACAAACUACUCGUACAGUCUUCAAACGACGAGAGUGCUCAUUUUGCUUGAAUACCAAUACAAUAUGGUAUUUAUUGCGAUAAUUCAAUAUUAUAAUAAUGUAAAUCUUAA